GGUUCAUUUCGUCCUCCAAUUGGAUGAUGGAGCACACAUUCGGGGAGGAGCAGCCCGAGAAGCCAAAAGGGAGGAAAAAAAUGUGAAGAGUAAAAAAAAGUAGUGCAGACUCAGGCUCCUCCAGCCCUCCAGCCUUCUCAGUCUUCCAAAUGUUCAGUGCAGCAGUGCGCGCUCUCUCCGGCUCAGCGCGGCGAGCUGUCGCUUAGAGGAGGACUGAAUUCACACUGAAUUCAGACGGAAGACAAGCGGGAGCAGAACCGGAGCCCAACUCGUGAGAGUUUGUGCGGGGCCAGCAGUUCGGGGAGGUUUUACGCAUUGCGCAGGAUGCAGGCGCGCUACUCCGUCUCCAGCCCCAACUCUUUGGGAGUCGUACCGUACAUCAGCAGCGAGCAGAGCUACUACCGGGCCGGCGGGGGAUACACCGGGAUGCCUGCGCCCAUGAGCAUGUACUCCCAUGCGGCCCACGACCAGUACCCGGCCAGCAUGGCGCGGGCGUACGGACCGUACACCCCUCAGCACCAGACGAAGGACAUGGUCAAACCUCCCUACAGCUACAUCGCCCUCAUCACCAUGGCCAUCCAGAACUCCCCGGAGAAAAAGAUCACCCUGAACGGGAUUUAUCAGUUCAUCAUGGAGAGGUUCCCCUUCUACCGGGACAACAAGCAGGGCUGGCAGAACAGCAUAAGGCACAAUCUGUCUCUCAAUGAGUGCUUUGUCAAAGUGCCCCGGGACGAUAAGAAGCCCGGAAAGGGCAGCUACUGGACCCUGGACCCGGACUCCUACAACAUGUUUGAGAACGGCAGCUUCCUACGGCGCAGGAGAAGGUUCAAAAAGAAGGACGUGCAGAAGGACAAGGAUGAGCGGGAGAGGCAGGGAAAGGACCCCUCUGCCCGCACCCCGGGCAGGGAGCAGGAGCCGCCGGUGCAGGGCUCUCAGCCCGUGCGGAUCCAGGAUAUAAAGACGGAGAACGGGACCUCGACGCCACCGCAGGCCGCGUCCCCGGUCCUGAACGCCGUGCCCAAGAUCGAGAGCCCCGACAGCAGCAGCAGCAUGUCAACAGGCAGCCCGCACAGCGUUCCCUCCACCCGCUCACUCAGCAUGGACGGAGCCGAGCACCACCACCACCACGGCCAGGGCUUCAGCGUGGACAACAUCAUGACCACCCUGCGGGGGUCCCCGCACGGCGAGCUGUCCCCGCCACUCGUCGCCUCCUCUCGGACAGGUAUCACCCCCUCACUGCCGCUCAGCUACUCCCCCAACCAGACUCCCGCGUACAGCUCGACGGCCUGCAACCAGAACGUCAUCUCCACGAACUCCAACGCGACGUAUCACUGCAACAUGCAAGCCAUGAGUCUGUACGCGGGGGACAGGUCAUCCGGCGGCCACCUGGCGCCGUCCACCACGGUGGACGAGGCCCUGCCCGACUACUGCAUCACCACCACCACCGCGUCCCCGCUCGGACACGGCAACCUGAGCCAGGCGGGCCAGGACGGCCACCUCGCACACCAGGGGCGGCUCGCGUCCUGGUACGGGGACCUGAGCCACUUGAGCCCGGCUUACCCCGCGCAGCAGCAGAACUUUCACUCUGUGCGGGAGAUGUUCGAGUCCCAGCGGAUCGGGCUGAACGGCUCCCCGGUCAACGGGAAUAGCAGCUGUCAGAUGGCCUUCCCGUCCGGCCAGUCCAUCUACCGCACCUCAGGAGCUUUUGUUUAUGACUGCAGCAAGUUCUGAAAGCCAAAGUGUGCCUUUUAAAUUAAUAACUCUAAUAUAUGUUUUCUAUAUUUUUUGUACUUUUGGUCUUUUAUUCACAUCCGAAUGGACAUCAGAGAUUCAAAGACUUUUUCUGUCGAGGCGUGUGUAACAACCAAAGCACGUAAGUGUCUUCCCUCUCACUUUGAGAAUUGUUUAUAAAGAUGGCUCAAAUACCAGCUUUUAUUACAGACUGUAAAUUAUAGCCUAAUAUAGUAAUUUAUUUUUAGGAAAAGGGAGUGGAUGGAUACCGAGGACCAAACACUUAAAAGUUUUUCCAGUUUUCUUAUCGCUGCCUUUAAAUUCCCUCCCAGUUCUUGUAUAGAAACUGAGGGAGGAGGGGGGGCUUUGUAGUCUAUACUGACUUAUUUUAUUCAUUUUGUCCUGUUUGUUAAAAAAACUAUUUUGAAGGCAUUACAUUCUGUUUGUUUAAUAAAGUGCCGUCUAUUUGAGUUAA